CCAAAUUCAAACAGCCUAGCCGCUCAGCAGCAUCUAAGAAAAACAACUUUUUUUUACUUUAACUUUUUUUAACUUACAGUAUUUUGAUACGUUCGAAAUUUAACAUUUCAAAUUACACAAUAAAAAAUAAACAGUGAAAAUGAAGGCCUACUCAGUCGUCGGAAACAAGAAGAAAGUGACCAUGCAGAUAAACGCAUCCCGUCUAAAAAUCGUCGGCAACAACUGCAUAGUGCGAGUUACGUGCAACCAGGGCGAAAUCGAAGUGAUCGGCAACGAUUGCUUCGUGGAAGUGGCUGAUAAUUACGGGAAUAUUAAUUUAGUGGGAGCUAAUGGAGAAGUGUCCAUUGGGAAGAGAUGGAAAGGAGAUAAAAUCAAUCUAGUUGGACCACAUCGGUUGGAAGUGGCCGGGAAGAAGAAAACAGUUGGUUACGAAGCCCAGCUGUCUCCAAUGUCGCCUUUCAGCAAGGAUUUAGACGAUGUCAUCGAGUCUAUCUUCACAUUCGUGAUGCGAUGAAGAAAUAAUUAGAACAGUGAAUUGUGAAAUGAGAAUCACAAGACAUUUUGUGUUAAAGUGUUUAAAAGUGCUGUCUUCUUGAAGAUUCAUGGACUACAGUGUGUACGCGGGUCUACAUUUUUAAUAGACCAAAAGUAACCACUAAAACGAAAGUUCUCUAAGUAUAGAGGUAGGUAAUUGUCUUUGAAAAGUAUAUUGAGACUGGCGAUUUUGUAAUAAUAAUAAAAAAUAAGAUACUCGUA